CCUACUCUUCCCCGUCUCUUCGAUCUUCAAGAUCCAAAUACUCCUCAGUAUAUUAAUGGCGAUGAACUCUCUGAGAUUCUGAUCCCAAGCCUGUCUAUUCUAUUCACCACCGCAAGAGCGUAGAUUUUUCUUUUCUGGCGGGGGCGGCGGUUUCUUGCUCACCAGGUCUGCUUCUAUCACUCUCUCUCUCCAUUCAAUCAAUCAGAUCUGAAACUUCUCGUAUAUGAUUCGUGCAGUAGUCAUGUGUUUCUGCUUUGUUUGGCCUCUGACUAGUAUUGCGAUUGGUUACGUGGUAGAUCGGUUUUGGUUUCUUCUUAAAUUGAGUUUUUGCCUGAAUUUUUGAAGUGAUUUCAAUCGAUUUAUAUGGAAUACGAGUUUGAUGGGACAAAAAUCGGUCUAAUUGCAACUAUUCUUUUAAUUAGGGUUCGAACUCCACCACCAAAAGAAAAAAAAUGGGGAAAAGGAUUCUUUUUUCUGUUUUCUGAACGAUCAAACCAACGGAUGAUUAGUAAUUGGUGUCCUUAAUCUGUUUUAUAUGUGUAGCUAUUGGAAUGUAGAGAUAGUGCAUGAUUUGGGUAUUCUGAUUGUUGCCCGUGCCCUGGUUCAGGUUUCCCAUCGGAAACCGCCUCUCCACUCCUUGGAAUAGAAGUUAGGUCUUUGUACAGUUUGCCCCCAAUACCCAUAUACUGUGUUUGGGGUGAUUCUUGUUGGUAGUUGUGAGGUAUAUGAUGCUUUCUUAAACCAGACUCUUGAUCAUACCUUUGAGUCGUGCCAUAUGUAACUUACUAAAUAAAGAACAUGAUGCUUUCUCAAUGCUUCUCCCGAUCUGGAAUCUCUCUUUUGGUCCUUUUUGUGGUUGUGUUGGUGGGAAUCUUAUAAAUGUUGUUAUUAGAUAGGACAUAGGAACAGGUUAUUCUCACCUUUCUUGAUGUUUUGCUGUGUUUUAUAUUCGAUUACUGACCUUUUUUCUUUUCAGGCAGGAGGGGAAGGCCAUGUAAGUUGCUUUAAUUGGUCUGAGAUUGUUUUUUGCCGGUUCUCAAUCAAAUCUUACUAAUUUGGGUGGUUUGUGUGACAUGGGAAAAUGCAAGAAUUCUGGGAAAUCGGGAAAACUGGCACAGGACAGAACUAUGAGCUCUUACCACUUCAUCCUUCUUCAGUCUCCCGUUGUUUCUGUGUGGGAUUGCAUUGUGCGCAAGAUGAGGUACUCGCAUAGACCGGAGUGGGUGUAGAUCAUAAUAUCAUCUCUGUUUUCAAAGUAUUACCUUACAAUUUCAUAGUCUUUCAGUACUACUUCAGUCGGUUUGUUUUCUACAUAUUCAUCACAUAAUGACUUAUAGAAAGAAAGGGAAUACACAUUGAAGUAUACUUCUUAGGAAAAUAGUAUAGUCUAUAGAAUAAUUGGUGCUCUAUAUAAGAUAUGGACGGUGCAAAAGUAGCACACCCAUCCAGUGUCAGUACUAAGUUGAAGAAAAAACAAGGGAAGAACGAGCUGGACCGAACCAAACAGGCCGAGAAGAAGAAAAGACGGUUAGAGAAGGCAUUAGCCACAUCUGCAGCAAUUAGAUCAGAAUUAGAAAAGAAGAAAGAGAGGAAGAAAGAAGAGCAGAAGAGGCUCGACGAAGAAGGUGCUGCCAUUGCUGAAGCCGUGGCUCUGCACGUGUUACUGGGCGAAGAAGAGGAAGAAGAUGGGGACCACACCAUGCAGAAAAAGGACGUGUUUGUUAUGGGCAGAGGACGAAGAACCGUGUUUGGAUGGGAGGGUAGCAGAUUGGGGGACCGUGUUUGGGUGGGGUCGUCGUCGGGAUACUACUGCGAGGGAGGAGGGAAUUGGGAGAUGGUGGGGAUUUCUCCACACUUGGUUGCAGAACAAGCCAUUGCCUCCCUUCAGAUUGGGGAGGGCACGUCUUUGAUCGGGCGCUAAUGAGCAAGUAAACGGUUGUCUGCCCAUAUUAUUAUGAUGUUUUCUGGUUUUUAUUGUGUUUUCUAGUUGUUGUAAUGGUGUAUGAUUGUAUGUAUGUGUAUACCAAGGCUAUGAUGUUUUGCUAUACAAUUGUG